GUGAACAUAACCGCAACCGCAAAUUUUGAAAUUCAAAACGAAAGUACAAAAAAAAAGGAGCAUUUCAACAACAGAAUAGUUUUUUAUCAGAAAUUUUCAAAUGAAUGAUACAUCUCAAUAGAUUAUCUAUCAUGAUAACAAGAAGAUGUUAUCUCAGAGGCACAGCAAACGAAAAAAUUGAACUAGUUCAUAAUGAACUGAAAAUAUUAGGACGUGAUCCUGAAACGAAAAUUCAAGACCCAUUCCUAUCUAAGAAACAGUUAGAAUGUCUGGCAAACGUAGAAAUUGGCGAAGUGAGUGUUAAGCCUAUUGGACAAACUGUUUCUGGAAUAGAUGGUUAUGCAAUUGUAAAGGAUAAGGUGUACAAAAUAGGUCAUGGACAUAAAAUAGAGUUCAGAUUAGGCUUCCAUCAAUAUGAUGUUAUCUUCGAGCCACCUCUUGAUGAUGAGAAGGAAGAUGUAGCUGAGCCAUUAACCAAAAAACCUAAAAUAGACUUUCCUAUAUUCAGCAAAGGUAAAAUGAAAUAUGAUAAAAUGACAUUCAGUGAUAAUGGUACAUGGGAAGAUAUAGAUCAUAAAGAAUUGAUCAUAUAUACUCAUGAGAACAUUGAUGGCAGAUCUAAAAUAGCAGCAUUUGAUAUAGAUGGGACAAUAAUCAAGACAAAAUCUGGUGCUAGAUUUCCUAAAGAUGGUGAUGAUUGGGUACUGAAUUACAGUGAUAUACCCCAGCAACUGAAAGCUUUGUAUGAAGAUGGUUACAAAAUUGUAUUUUUCACUAACCAAUCUGCCAUUUUCAAUGACUCCUUUAAGACAAAAGAUUUUAAACGUAAAGUGGAAAAUAUAGUUAAAAAAAUAUCAUUACCAAUUCAAGUUUAUGCAGCUCUUGCAAAAACUAUUUAUAGAAAACCAGCACCUGGAAUGUGGAAUGUGUUGAAAACCAAGAAAAAUGAUGGAACUGAAAUUGAUGUGAAUGAAUCAUUUUAUGUUGGUGAUGCAGCAGGUAGGGAAAAAAAUUGGGCUCCAAAACGCAAUAAGGAUCAUUCAAAGGCUGAUAGACUUUUUGCACUGAACAUAGGCCUAAAAUUUUACACACCAGAAGAAUAUUUCCUAAAAGCAAAACCUGUGCCUUACUCUAUGCCUGAGUUUGAUCCAUGUGAUUUGGCCCCUGCAAGUUAUCCAGAUGUGAAUUUCAAGGCACCCAGUGUGAUCUUGAUGGUUGGGGGGCCAGGGUCUGGAAAAAGUUACUUCUGCAGAACUUUAUUGCUGCCCAAAGGUUAUAUCCAUAUCAAUAGGGACACUCUAGGAUCUUGGCAAAAAUGUGUGAAAAUGCUUGAAGACAGUUUGGACAAAAAGAAAAAUUGUGUUGUUGAUAAUACCAAUCCUGAUAGAGAGGCAAGGGCAAGGUUCAUUGAAGUAGCAAAGAGAUUCAAAGUCAUGUGUAGAUGUUUUGUGAUGUCUACAGAGUAUCAGCACAUGAAGCACAACAAUAAAUUCCGAGAGCUUACUGAUAAAUCUCAUGUGCCAGUGAGUGAAAUUAUUAUUAAUUCCUAUAAGAAUAAAUUUGAGGAACCCCAGAUAUCUGAAGGAUUUCAAGAAAUCAUUAAAGUUCCAUUUGUUCCAGUAUUUGACAAGGAAGAUGAUGAGAAAUUGUAUAAAAUGUUUUUGUUGGAGAAAUAACACUUCAGCUGUUUCCAUAAUAUUUAUCUCUGUAUUGUUUGGUUUUUCAGUCAUUAAGUUACCACUACUAUCAUAAAGAUGGCUAAGCUACUAUAUAUUUUGAUUAAAUAUACAUAUUUUUUUACAAUAUC